AUGUACACCAACCGAGGAAACCGAUUUUCUCAUCAACCUUCCGGAACACCUUGGCGACCAGUAACGAUUCGACCGCCAGUACCAACCAACCCAAAUUUCGUAAAUGCGUUUUCGAACUAUGAAAGUGACAGUGAUAGUGAUAGACCAAGACCUUAUAAUGUAAUAUUCGAUAGUUCUUCUACUUCACCGGCACUAAGUUCAUCAAGUCCUUCACCACAAGAAACGCCAGAAAUACAAAUACCUGGGUUAAAUGAUUCACCUAUAACAAAUAUAGAAGAAAUAGAAGAUUCAGCAGGCACUUACUUAGAGCCAAAUAACGUAGAAACAUCAGGCAUGGAACAAGAUAAUCAACUAACAGUCAAUACUUUAGAAGAUCAGGAUGAUUACUACCCUUUGAAGCAAAAUAUUGCCUUUUUACGCAAAGCUGUACGACAAUUGGAAGAUGACGAAUGGCAAUUUAUACAGACCAAUAAUGAAUUUACGAAAUUCUAG